AUGGAAUCGCAGGCGCUUUGCCUAAACGAGAGGAUCGGCCCUUUGGAAAACCAACGGGAAUUCGCGUUGGCUUUUGGCGGUCCAAGUUCCAAGGUUGGAUUUCGGAAGAGUUGGUCGAUGGUUUCAUCUAUCGGAAAAGGCAGUGAUCUUGACAGUAUGGAGUACGUAGCGCCUGCUGUCGAGUACAGAGUAGCCGAACUCAAAGUGUUGGAAAAUUUCUCCGUGAUCAACAUUCUUUCGGCCUUUCAGGAAGGAGGAUAUGAGAAGGAGAAGUUGGCAGACGCGUGCGGAUAA